CACGCUCGUUUUUGCUGGAUAAAUCCUUUUCCCAAAACAAUUAAAAAAACGAAAAAAAAAUGGGGCGUUCAGUUCUCUCUCAAUUUCUCAUCCUUUCCAAUUCACCUCCAUGCCUCUCAUCCUCAGUGUCUUGUGGUGGGCUUGGAAGUAAAUACUUGAAGCGGUCUGGAUUCAUCCGUAAUAACCGUGCGACAAAUGGAGACAAUGGCGCUGGUUUCCGUUGCUGCUGCACUGUCUCGCUCUCGCAUCCAGCUAUUCCCCAGACUUCUUCCAGCUCGGUCAGGAAGAGGAUAGUGUCUGGAGUCCAGCCAACUGGAGCUAUCCACCUUGGGAAUUAUCUUGGUGCCAUAAAGAAUUGGAUUGCGCUUCAGAACACAUAUGACACACUCUUUUUCAUUGUGGACCUCCAUGCGAUUACACUACCAUAUGAUACACAACAAUUAUCAAAAGCAACACGGAACACAGCAGCUAUUUAUUUGGCAUGUGGUGUGGACACCUCAAAGGCUUCUGUCUUUGUGCAGUCACAUGUUCGUGCUCAUGUAGAAUUAAUGUGGUUACUGAGUUCUGCCACACCAAUUGGUUGGCUAAAUAGAAUGAUUCAGUUUAAAGAGAAAUCUCGCAAGGCGGGAGACGAAAAUGUGGGAGCUGCUCUAUUGACCUACCCUGCUCUGAUGUCUUCUGAUAUUCUUUUGUAUCAGCCUGCUUCUGCGGUUCCUGAGCCCCUAAUACCGCCAGCUGGAGCACGAGUGAUGUCACUCACUGAUGGUCUUUCAAAGAUGUCGAAAUCUGCACCUUCCGAUCAGUCUCGAAUCAAUCUUCUUGAUCCCAAGGAUGUGAUAGCAAACAAGAUAAAGCAUUGCAAGACUGAUGCAUUUUCAGGCCUGGAGUUUGACAAUCCUGAACGUCCCGAAUGCAACAAUCUUCUUACGAUAUAUCAGCUAAUAUCAAGAAGUUGCACGGGAAUGCCAGGAUAUGAACUGGAGCACAUUUAAAACCCUCCUGACAGAUGCAUUGAUUGAUCAUUUGCAUCCUAUCCAGGUUCGUUAUGAGGAUAUUAUUUCUGAUCCAACUUAUUUGGACGGAGUCUUGGCAGAGGGGGCUACUAAAGCUGCAGCUUUAGCUGAUGCUACUCUUAGCAAUGUCUACCAGGCAAUGGGAUUCUUGCAAAGAUGAGUAAAAUGAUUUGUAUACAAACCUUAAUGUGACUUUUAUACGAUUCAUCAUCGCCCACCAUAUUUUUGGAGUACAUACCCGUUGAAAUGUUCUAAAUGAGUGAAAAGGUUACUUUUUUUGGAGGCCCACAAAUUGUUUGAUGGAGUUUCCUCUACCUCUCCUUUCCAGACAGGCUUCAGCUGAUGAAACAGAUUACUGGCUGGACUGCUGGUUAAGUUCCCAUUGAUUAUUUAGUGCAAAACAAGCAUGUUUUUUUCCAUCGAGAUGAUUUGUCGUUUCAAGUGAUUGCUGCAAUUAAGUGUUUUUUUUUCUUUUUUCUGAAUGGACUUACUAUACUUAUAAGGUAUAUUGUAUCCUUUGGUUAGACAACUUAGAAAGGUACCCUCUAAAGUUUCCCGAGUCGUUCCAAGUAUAUUUCCCCUAAAUGAUUUGAAUGGGGAUUAAAUAUAUACUGGUUCAUCUAGCUUAUCAGAACUAGUUUAGAUUUAAGGCUUGGCUAAGUUCAGAAACUUUAGAAUUUGGGUUUUUGAGAAGUGUGCCUUGGAAGCUCCAUCCUUGCUCGAUGCAAACCUGUCAUUGCAUGUAGUGUUUAUCAUGUCCAUGGUGGGAUUCUUAUCAGCAUAGGAGAAGAUGAUAGAAGAGCGAAUAUUGAUCCUCCCAGUAAAAGUCAAAAUCAACAAUCUAUAUUCUCAUCCAAUUCCACGUAUCCUCAGCAUUUUCUUUAACAAAGGAGAAGAUGUGAUCAAGCAUCUAUAAAAGACUGUCUGAGGGAGACUCAGAGGAAAAUGGCCAUUUUCACGGGACGGAUGGACAGAGAUACAAGACAAGGACCACUGUCUACUCACUGUAAAUGUAAUGUUCUCAUUCCAAUCAUUAACAUAAUGUCGGUCUUUCUAUUUCCCUGUUUUGGUUGCUGCAUGAAUCAUGAUCCUUUCUGCAUCCUUUUGGCAUUCUCAUUUUCUCUUGUUACAAGCCUUUCCAUUUAGAACAAUCCUAUUUCUGUUAAAACAAACUUACGCCAAGGUGCUUUAUGCUUAUAGGAAACUGUAGUAUUUGUAACGGCAACCAUGCAGAGACUAAAGAUUUGUUGAAGGCUUUCCUGUUAUUGAUCAGCAAAUGACCUUGCUUCUGUAACAUUUGUAAACAUAUUGCAGGCUGCAUAGGGUUGCUCAGUCAAUAUCGAUUAAUCUUUC